AUGUUCUAUGGAAAUUGGAUUAAGUGUGUGGAUUUGGGCAAAGUUUUUGGUCAGAAUCGGGUGUUUGAUGAGCUUAUGUAUGGUAUCAAUCUGGCUAAAGGUAUUCUGGAACAUCACUCGAAAGGGAUCCUAGAUUCUGACAAACCAAGGAAAUUGCUCGAAGAUUUUCGAAUUGGCAAGCUCAUCACAGGUAAUAUACAUAGGUUGCAGGUUGGCAAGAUAGAAGCAGAGAAAAUGCUUAUUCAAAUGGUUGAAACUGAGUUAGAGAAGAGAAAGCAAUGGGGCACAUAUAAAGGAGGAUUUAGGGGGCAGUCCCACUUUUUUGGCUAUGAAGGGAGAUGUGGCUUGCCAACUAAUUUUGAUUCUACUUACUGCUAUGCAUUGGGUUAUGGUGCUGCAACCAUCCUUCAAAGUGGGAAGACAGGAUUAAUAUCAUCAGUUUGUGCCAAUGCUCUUCACAUUAUAUUCUAA